CGCUUCACCCGAGGCAAAUCCCCGCUCCUGGAACGCGCCCUGGGCCGACCCCGCACCGAAGUGAGCCUCAGCGCCUUCGCCCUCCUCUUCUCCGAACUGGUCCAAUAUUGUCAAAAUCGCGUCUAUUCAGUAGCCGAGCUACAGGCUAAACUUGCCCGUUUGGGCCACCAAGUUGGUCUUCGUGUCUUAGACGCUUUGGUAGCUCGGGAGAAGAACGGUCGACGAGAAACCAAAGUUCUUAACGUUCUUCUCUUCGUGAAGGGUCCCGUUUGGCGAGCGCUUUUUGGGAAAGAAGCCGAUAAAUUGGAACAAGCCAACGACGAUGACAAAACCUAUUACGUCAUCGAGAAAGAACCGUUGGUCAACACCUACAUUUCCGUUCCGAAGGAGAACAGCACCCUUAACUGCGCCGCCUUCACCGCCGGUUUGGUGGAAGCCGUCCUCACCGCCAGCGGCUUCCCUGCCAAGGUGACGGCUCAUUGGCACAAAGGCACCACCCUCAUGAUCAAAUUCGAGGAGGCCGUCAUCGCCCGUGACAAAAGUUUGGAGGGACGUUAA